CGCCUGUUCCUACGGUAUGAUAUCAUAAUAUUGAUUAUGAUAUUCUGUAGCUUUAGCGCCCUAGGGACUUAACCUCAGCCACGGGCCUGGCCAAUCGCAAAUUUCUCAUCUCAUCCGUGCCGGGCAGUUUGGUACUGUACUGCCGCCUUAGCCCAAACGAAAGUGCCCUUCCUAUCAUAGUUGUAGAUCACUUUGAGGCCGAAGAUUCGUGUGGGACUCCACGCGGUGUGCCGUUUGAUACUCGAGUACCUACCGUACCCUAUGACUCUUUCCGUUGACAAGCCUUUUCGUGCACCCAUGCUACGAAACUCGCUUCCCUUCCGCUGGGCAGGUUAUGGACAACCUCUGAGACGACCACUUUUCAUUCUCGUCAUUUCAUCUCAACUCACCAUUUGUGGAUGAAUAAGUAUUUGGCAUCUGACCGUUUGAUUUCUCUCCUUUCUGUUUCAUCGGUCACCUUACUGUCUGUAGCCAGUGCGAUCUCCGUUUUUUUUUUCUUGGACGAUUCGCACCAAAUUACCGGUACCGCACAAUGACAACCGAGGAACGGUCAGCGCCACCGGUGGCAACAGCUAGAGCUCCCCUCACAGAAGAGCAGAGAACGCGAGCGGCAAGUCUCCAGAUUUUCAUGAAUAGCUAUUAAACCUGGAGCUUACGAUAACCAGGAGGUAAACCGCCUUAAAGCUAUUGCGAUCCGUGAAGCCCUUAGGGAGCAGGCAGAUUCCUCACGGGCCGUAACCGCCCCUGCAUUAAGCAAUGCGAACUCAUCCUCGUCUCCUACCCCGGGCGGUAAACGCUCUUUCACAGCCAUGGCCAGUAAUCGCAAAGGGGGCGAGGGCCGUGAGGACAUCGCCAUCAAGCCUGCGCGCAAGUUCCAAAAGUUUGUGGAGUACGAAUUUGCCAAGAUGAAGGACACGAAAGGCGGCUUUAUAUCUGCCGAGGAUGACCCUCAUUCUAUGCUUUCGGCGGUAGAUCUACAGGAUAAGCCGGCACACAUGAGUUUGGAGGAUUGGGCAAAGCAUCAAUUGAAGAUGAAACUUAUGAAGGAGAAGUCCGGGCCAUAUGAACCUGGCCUCAGUGUUCUCGCUAUGGGCGAAAAGGCGCAGAUCAGGUGUUAUGAGUGUAACACUGUGGAGAUUGACUGGAAGUGGUAUGAGACUUUCAAGUGUAGGGUCUGCGCGGGGUGUAAGGACAAAAUCCCGGAAAAGUAUAGUCUUUUGACCAAGACCGAGUGCCGGAAUGAUUAUUUCUUGACUGAUCGUGGGUGUUUACAAUUUCUCCUGGUGUUCCCGACCCUACUGACACGUUUGUCUUAUAGCUGAGCUCAAGGACGAGGAAUUACUCCCACGUAUACACAAACCAAACCCUCACAGAUCCACUUGGAACAAUAUGAUGCUGUAUCUUCGUUAUCAGGUGGAGGAGUUUGCACUAAAGAAAUGGGGUUCUAUGGAGAACCUCGAUAGGGAAUUCGAGAGGAGAAAUGGGGUUAGGAAGAAGAGAAAGGAUGAUAAGUUCCGAGCAAAGCUCAAGAGUCUCAAAAAUAAGACUCGUGUCGAGAGCUGGAAACGGAGUGCCGACAAUGAGAAACAUGAGCAUGUUUGGGGCACUGCCGUUACAAAUGCCAGCGGAGAAAGCGUCAGGACGUGCGAGGAGUGCGGAUUUGAGAUCGAGGAGCUGGUUUUCUAGCAUUGUGCUAAGCUCUUUUUUUCUUUUUCUGGAGUUUGCGGUAAAGGUCCAGGGUGGGAAAUUGUUUCUUGGGCCAAAUUUACUACCUGCCAACCCCGGUUUUCAGGUUCUCAGUGGUAUCGUAUCGGAUUCUUUGGCUUUUCAUGUAUUUCUGAUGCUGGUGACAUUAAAGUUUUUACGAAAUGGCUAUGGCUCGGCCCACAAAUUAAGCUUGAAUUAUUGCCCUUUAUACUAGCGCCUGGGCUUGCUGACGGGCAGACUAUGGUGGCGAAAGAACCUUUUGAUAUGUAAUUCUAAUGACAACUCGUGAGCUGUCAAUAUGCACAAUAUAGCACUCUGCACGUCGGGAGGCAGAACCUGGGGUACACACAGGACAUUUUGGCCGCCGGAAAUUUGCGGCGAAUGUGCUGCAUGAGCGGUGGGCCGAUGCAUCGGCAUCAAUUUAUGUCGCAGAAAAAUGUUGCAGGUUUUAUCACACUCAAAGAAAAAUACAACGUCAGAACUUUUUCUUGGUUGUUUCAUUCACACAAUAGUGGCA